AUGAGCAGAUCGCCUCGAGGGACGAAGCGACCGCACACCAACGUCUUUGAUCCGAAUGAGGCUCGCCCUCCAGAGCCAGAUUGGAGUCCUCGUCAACCCUACGGCAGUCCGCCCCUCAAGAUGCCCAUGCCUUUUCAUCCACGGACCGCCGGUAUUCUCAGGAGUGAAUCUCCACUAAUAGGACAACAUCUACGAGCAUCCUCCCAGACACCCCUCAGCAGAACGUCGGCAACACUAUCGCGCAAUGCCACUGGAACACCGACAUACACAUUCGGAUCGUCGGUGAGCCUUGAUCCUGGUUCCUUGCCACCUGUACCCGACCCGGUGGCGUUGGCGGAAAUAAAGCGGAUGGUUCCUCAGAUCCAAUCCACCAAGGAAGGCUUGAGGAACGUUGGCGGAAUGAUUGAAGCAUUGGGAGCUUAUGUCAAGCACGCCAGUAAUACGUCGGUGCCUGGGUCCAAUGAAGAUCAGAAAUCCAGCAGUGACAGAACGUCACAAGACAUACUCGAGGGCGAGUUCCCAAACACUUUGGCAGGGUCCGCGUUCGACGCAUUCCUCAACGAUCUGGAAGAUGGAGAAGGCGGCGGCCUUGGUAUCGUUUCAGGAAACACGGAAGACGACAUGGUUGAGAUACUUGGGAAACGCAGGGCAUUUCUCGUUGCGCGAAGGGCGUCCCGCCUGGUUCGACGCUUGAAGGAGGUUCGACGGUUCCAACACCGACCAACAUGA